AUGGGGAAAUUUGCAGAUGACACCAAGCUGGGUAUGAGUGUGGAUCUGCUGCAGGGGGGUGCUGCUGCGUGUCCCAAACCCUUCACCAAUGGUUCCUCUCCUCUCUUGUCCUGCAGAGCCGAGAAGACUGAGGUGUUGAGCGAAGAUCUGCUGCAGGUGGAGAAGCGGCUGGAGCUGGUGAAGCAGGUGUCCCACAGCACCCACAAGAAGCUGACAGCCUGUCUGCAGGGCCAGCAGGGCCUGGACGCCGACAAGCGCUCGAAGAAGCUGCCGCUGACGACGCUGGCGCAGUGUCUGAUGGAGGGAUCGGCCGUGCUGGGGGACGACUCCCUGCUGGGGAAGAUGCUGCGGCUGUGCGGGGAGGCCGAGGACAAGCUGGCGCAGGAGCUCAUCCACUUCGAGCUGCAGGUGGAGAGGGACGUCAUCGAGCCGCUCUUCGUGCUGGCUGAGGUGGAAAUCCCAAACAUCCAAAAGCAGAGGAAGCACUUGGCGAAGCUCGUGCUGGACAUGGACUCCUCCAGGACGAGGUGGCAGCAGUCGGUGAAGUCCUCGGGUCUGGCCAGCAACCUGCAGCCCUCGGGGGCCAAAGCCGACGCUCUCCGGGAGGAGAUGGAGGAGGCAGCCAACAGGGUGGAGAUCUGCCGGGACCAGCUCUCGGCUGACAUGUACAAUUUCGUGGCCAAAGAAGUCGACUAUGCAAACUAUUUUCAAACUCUGAUCGAGGUGCAGGCCGAGUACCACCGCAAAUCCCUGGCGCUCCUGCAGAACUUCCUGCCACAGAUCAAAGCCCAGCAGGAGGCGUGGAUGGAGAAGCCCUCCUUUGGGAAGCCCCUGGAGGAGCACCUGGCUGUCAGCGGGCGGGAGAUCGCCUUCCCCGUGGAGGCCUGCGUGACCAUGCUGCUGGAAUGUGGGCUGCAGGAGGAGGGUCUCUUCCGAGUGGCUCCCUCGGCCUCCAAGCUGAAGAAGCUCAAGGCUGCCCUGGACUGCUGCGUGGUGGACGUGCAGGAGUACUCAGCUGACCCCCAUGCCAUCGCAGGAGCCCUCAAGUCCUACCUGCGGGAGCUGCCCGAGCCCCUGAUGACGUUCGAGCUGUACGAGGAGUGGAUCCAGGCCUCCAACAUCCCGGAGCAGGAGAAACGGCUGCAGGCUCUCUGGAACGCCUGCGAGAAGCUGCCCAAAGCCAACUACAACAACAUCAGGUACGUGAUUAAAUUCCUGGCCAAGCUGACCGAGUACCAGGACAUGAACAAAAUGACCCCGAGCAACGUGGCCAUCGUGCUGGGACCCAACCUGCUGUGGCCACAGGCCGAGGGGAACAUGACGGAGAUGAUGACGACGCUGUCGCUGCAGAUCGUGGGCAUCAUCGAGCCGCUCAUCCAGCACGCAGACUGGUUCUUCCCGGGAGACAUCGAGUUCAACGUGACGGGGAACUACGGCAGCCCCCUGCACGUGAACCACAACGCCAACUACAGCUCCAUGCCCUCGCCCGACAUGGAGCACGGCGAGCGCCGGCAGCACGAGCAGGCCCGGCGGCCCCUCAGCGUGGCCACCGACAACAUGAUGCUGGAGUUCUGCAAGAAGGAUGGCCUUAGGAAAAUCCAAAGCAUGGGCGUCAGGGUGAUGGACACCUCGUGGGUGGCUCGCCGGGGCACCUCAGCGGGCCGCAAGGCGACCUCGGCCCCGCCGGCCGCGCAGCCCCCGGCCCCGCCCGCCGAGCUCCCCCCCACGCCGCACUCGCCCAUUCCCGAGCAGUCGCCGGAGAUUUCAGCAACGCCCUCCCCGCCUCCCACCAGCUUCGGCUUCCCCCCGGCAGCCGAGCGGACAAGCACUUUCAAGCCCCCGGAGCUGUGCCCGGGGCCGCCCCCCGCGCCCGCCCCCGCGGCCGAGCAGAGCCCGCACUCGCUGCGCAAAGGGGCCAAGAAGCUGGCGCCCAUCCCGCCCCGGGAGGCGGCCGGGGGGCAGCCGUCCCCGGCCAGCCUGUCCCCGACGCCCCCCAGCACCCCGUCCCCGUACGGCCCCCCCGGAGCCCCCCCCGGAGCCUCCCCCGCGGCCGGGCCGCCCCCGCUGCUGCCGUCCCCCGCCGCCGCCGCCGCCCCCCGGGCCCGGGCCGCCCCCAAGGCGCGGCCGCGCCCCGCGCUGCCCCCCCCGCCGCAGCCGCCCCCGGCCGCCCCCGCGCCCCCCCAGCCCCCGGAGCCGCCCCGCCUGGACACCGCGGGCCCCGGGGACGGCGCGCUCACAGGUCUGCUCCGUUUUGAGGUCCCCUCCCUCCACGUGUCCCCGGAUGCCGCCCUGUGCCGGGACCCGCCCGAAGCAGCUCAGAGACUCUCGGGGCCGAGCCUGACCCCGCGGCAGGAGGAGGAGGAGGAGGAGGAAUCGGAGAGCACAGCCCUAUGACAGUGUCCCUGUCCCCAAGCUCAUCCGUGCACCCAGGGGCCAGCACCGGCCACCUGCACCGAGGGCCACGGGCCACUUUUGGGUGGCAAAGCGCCCGGUUUGGGGGCGGCCGCUGUUCUUUAGUUCAUUUUUGUUCGCCUUAUCCAGACUUUGCCUUUGAACCGGGUGCCUGCCCCCCUGCCCCGCAGCACCCACGACCCUGGGGCGACGCCACCACAUCCUCUGUGCCCCGAGGCGGGUGCCGCUGGGUGCUGGCCAGGUGACAAGGAGCUCGCUGGCGCUUUGCAGUGGGAUUUCCUUUCUUCGGCUUCUUCCUCCUCUGCUUGUCUGGGAGCAGGAUGGGACCUGACCAGCAAUAACCUGGGGAUGCAGGAUGUGUCCCCCCGGCUCUCCGGGUGCUGGCAGGGGAGGUGCACGUCCCUCGGCACCCGCUGUCCCCGGGGCUUGGUGGCUUUGGUCGUGCAUGCACAGACAAAUUAACCUUUUAUCCUUUCCAGAGAGAGAAGAUCUGUAUAUAUAUAUCGGCAGAGAUAUAUAUAUAUAUAUAUUCUAUAUUUGUACAGAGAGAGAGAAAUUAUAGAGAGAUUUGUUUUAUCUGGAGCCAUUCCCGCCCGGCCGGGGCGAGAGGGAGGAUGGAAAUGGCAGCGCUUCGCCCCCGCCCCGCUCGCGCCGUGCCCCCCGCCCCAGGUGGGCACCGGGGGGCACCAGCACCCCAAAGCAAUCAAUAAAUCCAAUAAAUCCGUGUGCCACUCGCUGAGAACUGCCCCGAGGCGCUGGCCUUUCCUUCCUGCCCCGGCCUUGGGGGGAGGAAUGGGAGAUGGAGAGCGUUUGGGUGAUAAAUGGUGGUUUGGUGUUUUAUAGGGAACGUUAUGGGUCGCGUACCAUGGGAUGGGGCAGGGUCCACCUCCCCCAGAAACAGCCACCCCACACGGCAGGAUCCAGCCAGGACUGACCCCUGAUCCUGGGCUGAUCCCCACUGCAGGAGCAGAACUGCCCCCGAGGGACACAGAGCCCUUUUCCCCUGGGAUGGACACUGGGCUUGUUUCACGUGUCUUUAAUAGAAACCGCCGGCGGUGGGGUAGAGCCCCGUACAAAAGCUGGCUGCAGGAAUCGGGGAUUGCAUAGACCGAGGUGUGGGGGACCCCCCCACCCCCAAAUAGUCGCCUUUUAGAAAACAAAAAGCGUCUCUGAAUAAAACUCUCCUGGUACAAUAAA